AUGUUCAAAGCUCGCUUCAUCCCGUUAAAUGUGUCCCAGGCCUUGAAACGGUCCUCUCAUUCUCUUGUCAUCUCUGCUACACAGGACUCCGCUAUCAUCUUUGGAGGUGAACUCCAGCCACGCAUUCCAGUGGACAAUGUAUUGCAUAAAAUUGACCUUCCUUCGGGAAACUACGGCUUGGGGAACGUGCUGACUCCAGCGUCUGCACCUCCUCCCCGAGUGGGAUCUGCAUUGGCAUUCACCAAGGAAAGCCUGUGGAUAUGGGGAGGCCGUGGAGGCAUUUCCAUGGAGUGUCUUCCAGAAAAGGGGGACGUCUGGCGUUUCAAAUCUGACGAGUGGACUCGGGUUGAAUGCGAUGGAGAGCCUCCGCAAGAUAGAUCCUACCAUGUAAUGGUGUCUUAUAAAGAGGACCUAUACGUGCAUGCGGGCUGUCCCGCGACAGGCCGUCUCUCAGAUCUUUAUCGUCUUUCUCUGGCUUCACCAAAGCCUGUGUGGACUAGAUUGGCGGACGCUCCGGGCCCUGGACGUGGUGGUACCGUCCUCGGAGUUGUUCCUGCGCUCUCUUCCUUUAUACGCUGGGGAGGAUUCGCGGGAUACGAGCUCGGUGGUCCGCUCGACAUAUACCACAUCCCCACAAACACCUGGCAUUCAGUCGACGUCGCAGGAGAGCAGCCGGCAAAGCGCAGUGUUCAUGUCCUUGUUGGCCUUAAAGGAGCUCCUCGAAGUGACGGAAUUGUCGCGCUCAUGUUGUUUGGUGAAGGAGAAGCUAGUGAUCUUGGACAUGCUGGCGCUGGGAAAUUCCACGAUGACGUAUGGGCCCUCGUCAAGGUGCCACUGACCGAAUUAACGGAAGGCUGGUCAUGGGAAAAGAUCGUUAUUCCAGAAGGUCGCGACAAGCCACAAGCACGCGGCUGGUUUGCAGCUGAUGCCUGGUCGGAAGGGAAGGUGGUGUUUCAGGGUGGACUGAACACCGACAACGAAAGGCUCGGUGACGCGUGGAUUCUUGAGGUUGAAAAGAUUUAA